AUGGCUUCCCAGCCUGCCGUGCAAUCCGAGCAGAACAAAGGCAAAGGCAAGCAUGUGAGCACUGCCUGCUCGGGUUGCAGACGCCGAAAAAUCAAAUGCGACGGCAUUACUCCUCGAUGUUCCAAUUGCGUCCUCUACGACCAAGAGUGCAUUUUCCAAUAUGGUGUGGACAAGCGCAAGAUCGCCCCCAAGGAGAGACUCCAAGCAUUGACAGCAUACUGUCAUGAACUCGAGGCUGUUCUGGGCCUCCAUGGAAUUCUGUUACCUACACCACCUCCACUGCACGUCCAGAACGAUCGUCAAAGCCAGUUGAGUCCUACGCAAGCUGGAAAUGCCGACUUCACAUCCUCCGCCGUCCCCACGGGCUGGCCAAGCAUCGAGACUCAAAAUCAAAGGACUCAUAACGAGCACGCUAUCUCUGAUACCUCUGGAGUUCCAUCCUUAGAUAACAACGACUUCUAUCUUAAUGGCAGACUAGACCCAUCUGCCACAGAAGUGGUUCAAUCGAGUUCGGAACCUGAUAUCCUUGUCGAUCAGUUAUCUGGCCGGAUGGGGUCUCUGCAGGUUGCUGAGGAUGGCCAAUUGCGAUUCUAUGGAGCAACUUCUAAUUUGCAUAUCUUGCACAAUGGUCCGAUGUCGUUGUCUCGAUCGAGAUUCCGAUCUCUUUCGGAGGAAGGAAAUAAUCUCCUCCAGGGUGCAGGCGUCGGCCAUCUCGUUGACCAAGACCUUGAAGAUCAUCUACUCAAACUUUACUUUUGUUGGGAAGACCCCACCAUCCAUGUUGUCGAGGAGUCCGUUUUCUGGCGGGAGCGUAGGAAGUACUUGUCAGGCCAGCACUUCAGCCCCUUUUACUCGGAAGUCUUGUCAAAUGCAAUGUGCUCUGUGGGAGCCACGAUGACUUCGAGGAAAUGUCCGCACUUACCCGAACCACUGCCCGACUUUUUCGCCACCAGGUCUAAACUACUACUGGACCUUGAAAUGGAUGCUCCUACGCUCUCGACUGUGCAGUCAUUUGUUAUCCUCAGUGCCAUAGAGGCUGCUCUCACAAGAGACGCCCGCGGUUGGCUCGAUAGCGGCAUGGCAGUAAGACUCGCGGUUGACCUAGGCCUCCAUCUGGACCCCGAGCCCUACGUACAAGCAGGUGUUAUUACACGCGAGGAGGAGAUGAUCCGUAAGGUAAUUUGGGGUGGUGUCUUUGUCCAUGACAGGAUGUGGAGCCUUUACGUUGGCAGACCUGUUGCUUUGGACGACAAGCAUAUUACUGUGCGAUGGUCACAGCCGGAAAAUCCCAUGGGAAAUAUUCCCAAGUAUUGGACCCCUUAUACUGAUGACGGCGAGGGUCCCGACUUGCCGGUUGUCCUCGACCCAAUCGAUGACCUAUGCAUUUGGAAUAUUAAACUCUGUGCCCAUAUGACGGCAAUCCGAGAGACUCUUUACCCUGAUGGGAUGGGCGAUGCGCGAAGUCUGAGGCAGCUUUGCGACUUUGCCUCUCGAAUGAGCCAAGCAUUAAUGGAGUGGAAAAAUGGGCUACCUGAAAGCCUCUCUGUCGACUACGAUGAUACUACAACAUACUAUCUCCCACAUGUACUACAGUUGCAUAUGCAAUAUCACUGUGUGAUGAUCAUUACGAAUCGUCCCUUUUUUGUUUCGACAAGGAAGAUCAUUGAUCUUACUCCUUUGGAGAUUUCCAGACGCAGGGAUACCUGCACAGACGCCGCAGAUGACUUGGCUAAGUUGGUCGAUAUUUACCGGCGGCUUUACGGUCUCAAAAGGAUCAAUAUACAAGCUGUUCAUCUUCUGUUUACUGCCACGCUGAUACAUGUGUUCACCGCCUGCGGCGCGCUGGACAAAACAAAAAGCGAUCAUGCUUGGAAGAGUCUCGAAAUAUGCUGCCAGGCACUUAGCGAGAUGAGUCUCUCGUUUAGAAAUGCUGGGAGGGCUUUCGAAGUGAUCAUGAGUAUCAAAAGCGAUCUCUUGAAGAGAUCCCGAUCAAGAUUGAAGCGAGCGAAUCCUUGGCAUGAUGGACAGGACCUGGAUAUCGACUACCAAAGGAAAAGACGCUCGACCAUGCCUGAGAGUGAAUUGCUACCCUUCGAAGACCUUGAGGCUUCUGGCUUUGAUCCUGCCUUUGGCUCGACUGUACCACUGAAUUUCUUCGAUACAUCCUAUGACGACUUCUCACUUGAUAGUCUAUUCUGGAAUGGAUUCAACUCGUUGGAACUGCCGCACCUUCCACCUCAAAAUCAACAUGAUGAGUCUUGA